UGAUCUUUACCGCAUAAAAAUCUGAUCUUUAAGUGAGUUUUGAGUAAAUGAUUGGUAGAUGAAAUGCAAAUCUGUUGUUAAAGACAGAUUUCAUGGGUUCUUGUUUUAGUAUUGAAGAAGAUGAAUCAGAAUUCCGACCACAUAACAAGCCAGUUGGGCAUGGAGUUGGCGGAUAUCCUACCAGGUCAAAUCCUGUAAUUCCCCAGAACACAGAUCUAUAUGCUCAUGAAACUGAUAAGGCAAGCAGCAUCGUGGUAAUUCCCAAAAAUGUGAAGGACCUUCGGCAGAAUCCUGGCGACCUUGAUAUCUUCACAUAUGAAGAGAUGAAGUUGUCUACGAAGCACUUUCGACCAGAUAAGGUACUUGGAGAGGGUGGAUUUGGCAUUGUCUACAAAGGAGUCAUUGAUGAAAAUGUCAGGCCAGGAUACAAGACCACCUAUGUUGCCAUUAAGGAGCUUGAUCCAGAAGGUCUUCAGGGCGACAGGGAGUGGCUGGCAGAGGUGAACUACUUGGGGCAGCUUAAACAUCCAAAUCUGGUGAAGCUGAUUGGAUACUGCUGUGAGGAUUACCAUAGACUGUUGGUUUAUGAAUAUAUGGAAUCUGGCAGCCUGGAAAAGCACCUUUUUCCAAGAGUGUGUGCGACUCUAACUUGGUCAAGAAGAAUGAGAAUUGCUUUGGAUGCUGCUAAAGGGCUUGCUUUUCUGCAUGGAGCUGAAAGGCCUAUAAUAUACAGGGACUUCAAGACGUCAAACAUUUUGUUGGAUGCGGAAUUUACUGCAAAGCUUUCUGACUUUGGACUUGCAAAAGAUGGACCCAUGGGAGAUCAAACACAUGUUUCAACUCGUGUAAUGGGCACUUAUGGCUAUGCUGCUCCAGAGUAUGUCAUGACCGGACAUUUAACAGCCAGAAGUGAUGUUUAUGGUUUUGGCGUUGUUUUGCUUGAAAUGCUCAUCGGAAGGAGAGCAAUGGACAAAAGUAAACCUAGCCGGGAACAUAACCUUGUAGAGUUUGCUCGACCUCUCUUGAAUCAUAGCAAGAAGCUUUUCCGGAUAAUGGACCCAAGACUGGAAGGUCAAUACUCCUCGAAAAUUGCUUUAAAAGUUGCCAAUCUAGCCUAUCAAUGCCUAAGCCAAAACCCAAAGGGAAGGCCUGUCAUGAGUCAAGUUGUUGAAAUACUUGAAGCACUUCAACCACAAGAUAAAGGCGAAGAAGCGAUUCUUAUGACUGGAAGUGGGAGUGUCACAUUGUAUGAAGCUAAAGCAAAUCCACUCAAAUGUGAAAGCGAAAGGGAAGCUGUUGCUGCACAAAAGAGUACACAAACAAAUGGAAGAAGCAAGAGUGAGGUACCAAAGGAAUGUGACCUUUAUAGUCCUUCUCCUGAUCUGGUACUCGACGUGGGAUCAGUUUCUUCAAGAAGUUGAAAAGCUACCAAGCAAAGCUAAGAUGAAGCUAGUGUUGUUGUACCAAAUGCAUCUUUGUUAAUCCGCAUUACGUGUCUUUUCUCUUCGCAUUCCUUCAUUGGAGGAACUAUCAAUAUUUGGAAGACAUCAUGUGUCGUUCCGUGUCUAUUUUGUUUUGUUGUAUUGAGGAACUGCCUUAGCAAUGAGACAUUUGGUAAUAUUAGGGGAAAUAAUAAGGUCCCUCCGAAGGAGGGAUCUAGCGUCAAGCAUUAUUUAGACCAAA